UUUUUGGAGUCUCAGAUCUAUUUUCUAAUCGCAAUGGCUAAGUUUGUUGUAAGUAUCAAUGUACAAUGUUAAUUUGUUCGAAAUUGUAUUACCUAUAAGUUUCCACAUACCUACAUCAUUUUUAUAAGAUAUAAUUAAAUUUAAUACUAGGUCAAAAUUAAAUACUUAUGUGUUUUGGUAGUUAAUAAUAAAUUAAAUGAAUACUAUUAAUACCCACCUGUUGUAUAUAGACAUAUUAUCGUAUUCAAAAUCACUGGUAUAAUGCAUUAUUUUAGAAUUUUAAUAUGAUUUAUAAUAUUAUUAAUUAUAUCUUAAUGUAUUAAGAAGAUAUUACCCAUACUGUCUCAGUCUAAGUAAUGAACAACAUAAUAUCUAAAUUACAUUAUUUAAAGUAUAAACUGUGGUACUUCAGCUAUAAUUGGUCUAAACAUAAAUAACAAUAUUUUCGACAGCUGUACAUACAUUUUUUUCUAAAAAAUUGUCUUAUGAAAAUGUUAUAGUUUUGUUAGUUUUCUUUUUUCUUUUUUGAAUAUUUGUAAAUUUUUGUAUGCCGAUUUUUAAGAAAAAAACGAUGUUCAGCCCUUGGAAAUAUUCCCUUCUUUAAAAUUUGUUAUUUGUGUUAAAACUUUAAUUAAAAUUCUAAUUAAUGUAAUUUUACGAACUUUGACAGUAAAUGAGGGUUAGUACUAAGGUUAGUAAUACCUAGUGUACUCUUAAGUUUGUUAGAUAAAUUAAAAACUAAAAUUCCUUAUUAUCUACCCAAGUAGUUUUUAGUUAAUAUACUAGACCCCUAAAAUAUUCAUCUAUAAUAUAAUUAUACGUUUUUAAUAUUAGGUAGAUAAGAUUAAUGUGAUCACAAAUAAUGAGUUAUUAAAAAUACCAAUACUUGCAUUAAAAGAUAAUUAUGUUUUUUUUCUUUGUAAUUGUAUAUAUUUAAUAAAAAUCUUAUAAUUAAUAGUAAAAAAAUUUUUCUAGGUUGAAUUUUCUCCUCCAGAAAAAAUCAAAUUUGAGCCAAAUGAUGUUAUUGAGUCAGUUAUCAAUUAUCGUAUGGUAUUAGCACCAUUUCAAAAACAAACUCAAAUAGAAUUCAAUAAUGUCAAAUUAAGGGAAAUUUCUGUUAGGUUUUUAACAUUUAUCAAUCCUCUGGAUAAAUUGAAACAGGUUAUUCAAUAGAAAUACAUAUUUAUAUAAUUUGGCAUAGUUUUAGUUUAGUUCCCACACAAUUUUUUGGGUUUUUUUUUUCAAAAUGUGUGUUUUUGCGUGUUCAUUAAAAAUUAAAAAAAAAAAUUGAAUGAACUUGUUUGGAAGCUAUGAGGGAAAUCUUCAUGAAGUUCGGAUUUUUCAUUUCAUGUAUUUCUUAGUUAAAAUUUAACAUUUUCAAAUUUUUUUUUUUUUCAAAAUUUGUAUUUUUCAAUACUUAAUUGGUGUAUUCAAAACUUACCUAUCAUACUAACUUUUUUAAAGUUUUUGAACAUUAUCCUUAAAAAAUAGCAUUUUUUGAGUAAAUCCAAAAUGUGGUCAAAAAAAGUUAAUUUUUUUAAUUAUUAUUAUUAUUUCUAGUUAUUGAUAUUUUGAUAAGUUUUUUUUUUUUUGGAGUUAGAAUGAGUCUAUCUGGUUUAGUUAUAAUUAUAAAUGUUCAAAUGCGCAGUGUUUCGCUGCUCUCACUCGGAUAAUUUUAAUUUUAAUGUACACAAAAAACACCCCAGAAAAUUGUAUGGGAGCUAAACUAGAAUUGUUCCUACAAUUUAAUUAUAUUAUGAUAAUUUAAAAUAUAUAAUUUUUAGUUGGUUUUAACCCCUCCUGGUGAUGGCUUUUGUUUUGGCGUUUACAAAUUUACCGUGGAACCUUAUUCACAAUAUGAACUCGCAAUUACAUGGCAGCCAUCUGAAUAUGGGAAUGUACGUAAAUUAAUUAAAAUAGAACAAGUGGAUAGUAAUAGAAAGUAUGAUUUUGUUGUUUUGGGAAAUUGCAAUAGUCCUUUCUAUAAACAAUUUAAGGUAAAUAUAAUUUUAAAUUAAUUCAUCUACUUAUUAAUUAGUUUUUUAGAUUCUGACCAGUGUAAGGAAUAUUAGUUUUACAAUAAUAUUUAUAAUUUUUUUUUUUAUCUGAAAAACUUUUCUACCAGCAAUUUCGCUUUGAUUUACAAUGAUAACACUUUUUCUGAAAGGAAAUUUGACUAAGAUCAUACUUCUAGAUAGGUCAUUUUUUUGUUUUUCUCUACUAUAUUCAUAAUAAAUGAAGAAAAUAUGAACAAUAUUAGACAAAUAUUAUUAAAGACAAUAUAUAAUGCAAAUACAAUUAUUUUACCAAAAUAUGACAUAUAUAUUAUUGAUAAAGUAACACUAUUAACUGAAUUCUGCUCAGAAUCGUUUUUCAUUAGAAUUGGUUAAUCAUUGCGUCCAGCUAUACAUUAAAUUUCCUCUUUACCUUCCCAAUUUCUCACCUACAGCAGUGAUCCACAUGCAAAGUAUGUCCGUUUUUUUUUUGAUAUUUUUAUAAUAAUAUUGAUUUUGAAAUAUAUUUAUUAUAAAAUAUACCUAUUCAAAUUCUCAAAUAUCAAUUAAAAAAAAUAUUAAUGACAUGAAAAAUUAAAUAAUUUACUUUUCCUUGGUUAUAUUCAAUUUAUAUUGUGUUAUUUAAUAGGUUUUUAAAACCCAAUCUUGUAAAACUGUAGUACUUAUGCAUUUUUUAUACUUGAUAAUAAUUGUCUAAUACUAUUAAUUUUGUUUUUCUUUUCGCCUUGGCUAUUAUAAAUAUACCUAGUAUUAACAAAUUACUUUUUUUCAGGAUGAUAGCUUUACACAUUCAAAAUCAAAAAACACAUAUUUGGUUAAUAAACAAUUUAUUUACGAUAAACAAAAUAUAUCACCAAUUAAAAAAAAAGUUAUUGAUUGCAAGACAGAAAGAAUUAUUUCAGUUGAAAAUCCUGAAAAAAUACCAGAAACCUCUAGUACAGAUACUUUGCAAUCCAUUAGAAGAGAAACCUUUAUUGUCAGAGAAAAAGAAAAUGUUCCAUUAACUAAAAAAAAUAUAUUAGGGCGAGAUACUAUCCUCACUAGUCCUGAACGCAGUAUUAAACGUCCAUAUCAAACAUGCCAAGAUCAUGUUUUUAAUAAUCAUUUCAGCUUCAAAAGUCUAAACAAAAGUUCCAGUCCAAUAAGUGACGAUUCACUAGAAAAACCAUUAGUAAAAUUAAAUGUUAACAAACCUCAACUUGAUGACUUCUGCUUAACACCAUUAAAAAGUACUGAAAACUUGGUUUCUCAUAUUGGUACUAUACAGAAAUCAAAUAGUUUUUACGAUCAGCUGAAUAUUGAUAUUACUGACGAAUCAUUUGCUUCAUCAUCAUUUAAAAUAGAAGAUUCCUUGGUCACAGAUGUAGCGUAUAUAACAAAAAACAGAACAUCACCCGAAGUUUUUAUGAAUUUUUGCAGUAAUUGUAUAGAAACACCUGAGAAUGGAUUUAGUAAUGCCAGUACGAAUCUUGUGUUUGAUACUAUCAAUUAAGAAUCAUUUGUUCCAUGAGCUUCAUCUAAAAAUAAUAAUUAGCAAUCUAAUUUCCUACAAAGACUAAAUUAACAGUGUUUAAAGCUGAUGAUUAUCGUACAAAUAAAUUUAUUAUAAUAGAUGCAAUACAAAUGAUUUUGUAUUGAAAGUUUCUUGCUCAAAAUUAAUACUUCUAAUUUUUUGUUUAAAUAAUAAUUCAUUUUUUUAUUUAUUUAUUUGAAUUAUUUAUAUAUGUGUGUGUGUAUUAUAUUGACUAUUCUUAUAUAUUACAGCAGUUACUUUGAGUGGUACAAAAUCAAGAAGACCAUCAUGUACCAUUAAAAACUCCUAUUACAAAUGUAGUUCAACAUUACCAACUAUAUCUCAGAAUAAAUUAAAACAAUGCAGCAGUAAGUAAAUUGUAUACAUUAUGUUAUGGUUCAAUGAUUAUGGGUGUGUGAUUGCUUAAAUCCAAUUUAUAAAAUGAUAUAUUUAUGUUAUAGCCUAUCCUUUAUUGAUAAUAUGUUUUUGCAUAUUUUUAAAAUAAAAAACUUAUUGAACUUAAUUUCAUAUUCUGUUUAAGAUUUAAGUCCACAGACAACACGCAUUAUUAAUGCUCCAAAACUUGAUAAAUAUGAUGAAUAUCUUAAGAGCUUGACAAAUCCAGAUUUAUUGUAUCACAAUAAUGCUAAAGAUCCAUUUUUAAAUAUGUAAGUAAAAAUUAUUUAAUAUAUUGUGAAAGUAUCCCAAUGAUAAAAAAAAAAUCAAAUAAUAAGUAGCUAAAGCAAAACAAAAUAAUAGAAUCAAUUUAUUCCUUGCUGCUCUCAGAAUCUAAAAUUAUGGUAAAUUAAUUUAGAAAAAGUUAAAACAUACAUAAAUGGUUUUAGAACUAAACAAUUUAGUUUUUAGUACUUACACUAAAAAGUUUUCUAACAGUCAAUAUAUAAUCAUUAGGUUGAAUUUAGGUAAAAAAUACAUUUUCUGUUCUGUACAUGAACUGUUUUAUAUAAUUCAGUUAGAACUAUUAUCAUAAUGAGUUGUUUAUUUUAAGUAUAUUUAUUUUCAAUUAUUAAACUCAUUAAUUUACAUACAGGUCUCAGUACUAUGAAACAGAAUGGCUGAACCGCCAAGAAUCUGACAUGAUUCGUUGGUUAAAUGCAUUACUCACACCAACAGACAAACUGGUCGAUGAAGAACAAUCAGGUGACUUGGAGCAAGCAGCCAUGGCUUGGGUAGAAGUAUCAAAAACUAGUCAUAAAAAUAAACCUAUGCAAUUGGCUACCCAAAAAGAUCUGUUUGCAGCACAAAUUUAUAGACAGUCACCACAACAGUGGAGCGCAUUGCGCAAAGCCACGACAAAUCUUAUAUUAUCUACAAAUGUAUCAUCUGUUCUAUCAAAAUUGACUGUAUCAAUUGAAAAAGAUCUUAUAUCUGUACGAGAUGAUCGCCAAAUACAUUUAGACUUGAGUAAGAAUAUUAAUUUUAGUUAAAAUUUGUGUAAUCAAGCAUAACAUAAUUUCCUUUUUAGGUUUAAAACGAAAAAUUAUUGAUCUGUUUAAAUGUUACAAUUCAUUAUGGUUUCGAAUUGGGUUGGAAGCUAUAUAUGGUCAAAUUGUACAUUUGAAAUCUGGAAAUCUGAAAUCUAAUGAUUUAGAUGGUGUUGGCUGGUUUGUUCGGAAAAAUCUGUUUAGUAAUGAUUAUGUGAAAAAAAAGUUCAUCAAGACUACUGUACUACAAGUGAACUUACCUUCCUAUAAUGUAAGAAUUUAGAAUUCAUAUCGGUUUAAAAAUAAAAACAUAGCUACCAAAUUAUUCUUUGGUAGGUAUAAUUACUAUUAAUUAACUUAAAAUGUUUCAAUAAAACUAUACAAUUUUGAAUUUAAUCCAAUGCUUUUAUAAAGCUCUAAUUAUAAUUGAGAGUUGAAGAAUUCCUUUACACUUAAAAAUAUAUCCAUCAAUCUGAUAACGGUAUUAUUUUUUUCACUAUUUCUUACCAUUCUGAGUAUUAGUAAGUAUAGAUAUUAGCCGAUAUUGUAUAUCAUCGAAUAUUGAUGAUAUUAGAAUAUUGGAUAUCAAGUUAUUUACAAAAGCGAUAUUUGAUCCAAUGUUUUCUUAUAAUAAAAUAUCUUCUCAAUAUUUGGAAAAGUGUUAACCUUAUCAAAUUAUUUUUUUGUUUUAAUAUAUAAAGAAAUAAUUAAUUCUAAAAUUUUCUCACAAAGUCAUUAUUUUUGGAAUGAAAUGAUUACCUCCUUUAACUUAAAAUAGGUACCUAUAUUAAAAAUUCCAUAUAGAUGGAAUAUGAGUUUAAAUAUAUUUUGAUGACAUUUUUAAUUUCUGUCAAACCAUUGAUGAGAUAUCCCACUUUUAAAUUUGGGUAAGGAGUAGUGGAGUAUCAUUUGUGUGGUGGCCUGAUGUACAGCGUUUUAAAUUUUUAAUAGAGUUCUACUAUUUUCCCCCUACCCAAACUUAAGUAAACUUAAAAGUAUAAUCUUGUCAAUGGGUUAAUGGAAAUCAAAAAUGUCAAUGUUAAAAUAUAUUUAAUUUAUACUCUGUAUAUUAAUGGCAUUUUUAAUAUAGGUUGCUAUUUAAAAUGUAUAAGUAGGUUUAUCCCCGAUAAUAAGGAUUACAAUAAAUAAUGUAACAUUUUAGAGCCACUUGUUUCUUAAAUUGUGAAAAAAAUUAAUAAAUUCUAAAAUGUCACAAUGAUUAUUCAAUCUUUAACCUAAAAACCAUCCUUGUUAAAAUUACAGUUGUCUUAAAUUAUAUUACUUUAUAAAAAGUGUGUUUUGGGUUAUGUUCAGUUUUAACUUAAAUGUCUGAUUCGUUUAAGAAAAAGUAAUAUUUAAAAAUUAAAAAUAUUAUUUAUUUUACAUCAUGUUAUUUAGUUAAAAAAAAUUUUUUUUAUAUAGAUAGCAAUGAAAAAGUUUAUUUUGAAAAAAAUAUUGAUGCUCAUAUUUUUCUUAGACCGUGCUAAAGAACAACAAUUAAUUAGACACAAUCCAUGCUUGUUUCAAACUAAUUCACCAUAUAAAGUAAGUAAUUUUCAUAAUCAAUAAAAUCAGUUGCAUUAAAAAUUAAUAUAUAUUUGAUAUAAUAUAUGUUUACUAGGAUGGACCAAAACAAACUUUUAAUUUGAUUUCUUCACUCGAUUAGUAUGUUUCUGGGGAUAUUUCUAGAUGAUAUUAAAGGGUUGUGAAUUUCCCUUUUAUGAAAAAGGUGAUGUUGCUUUGGUCUUAAUUUUUUUAAAGCAUAAAUAAUAAUUUUAUCAACAAGUUGUUUUCAUAAAAAAUAAUGAGUAUGAUUAGAUUUUUCACAUACCUAUAUUUUUUUUAUUUGUGAAAAAUCACUAUUGCCAAAUUCUCAGGCAUUAAAAACUUGAAUAAUUCUAUAUUGAAAAUAGUUUUCUUCAAAUAAAACGAAUAAAUAAUAUGAUUAGUUGCCCUGAAAUACUUUAAAACAUACAUUUAAAAUCAAUUCAAAAAAUUGUCAGGAAAAUAACUUGUUUUACAUAAAAAAAAAAAUGUAGCACAUCUUACAAGUCAAAUUCACCAUAGAAUAUUCUAAUAUCUGCUGGUAAUUAUGUGGAAAAUAAUUGAUUUUUUUUAUACAUCUUUAACCUUUCAGCAGGUGUGUGUCAUACUUAUACAACACAGAUAUUUUUUAAAUAUAUUUAUUAUAAUAAAGAAUUUUUAAUAUAAAUACUGUUUGGAAACAUUUUGCUAGUUUUUAUACAUACUUAUUUAAUUGUACCUAAUAUAAAAUAUAAUUAUUAAUAAAAACAACAUGGUUUUCUUCUAAUUUUAUAUUAAGUAGUCUAUUCUGAUUAUCUGUCUUUAUAUUUCUGACAAAUUAUUUGAAUAAGAAAACAUAUUAUUUCACAACCAGGCACGUUAUGUAUUCCGUGUAAUCGGACAAAGUUGACUAAGAUAUACAUUGAUAAUAAAUUGAAAUACAUAUUAUCAAAGAUAACUAUCAUUAAGUAUUAACAACAUAUACAGCAUUGUAAAAUAGAAAAAACCCCAAUAUAAACCUGGGCCACGUUAGAAAAGUUAAGACAAUAAGAUUUUAAUUAUACAAAAUGCGCUUACACACCUGCUGAAAGUUAACAAAGUUUUCAGUUCAAGCUUUAAGAACUAUUAAAAUAUAAUAAAGCAAUAAGAGUAAAUUAAUGUUUUGAUAAGAGAAAUAUAAUAAGUUAUGAAAGUUUGUUAUUUUUUUUUUUUUUAUUUUAUUUAUUUUUUUUUUACUUUUUUGAAUUUAUGUAAAUUAUUAUUAUAUUAAAAUAUUUAAAAACUAAAAAAAAACAUCACUUUUUUCAUAAAAAGGUUACUCUCGCAACCCCUAAAUAUCUUCUAAAAAUUUCAAUUUUAUAUAUCCCCAGAAACAACACACUAGUUAAGUAAAACAAUCUCUAGAAAAAAAGUUUGGUCUACUAGUGUACACCAAACAAAUUCUUUAUAGGUCAUUUUUUUUUUUUUGAAAUUACUCAUUUUGACCCUGAUUCUGAAAAUUUAUGAAUUUUUGUUUUGUGUAAACCUAAAUUUAAAAAAUGCUGAAAAUUAUGAUGCAAUCAACAUUUUUUGGAAACUAUUAUUUUAGAAAUUUUAGUAAUUUUAAGACUGCAUGAUUUAUGAAAAUCAGUGAAGAUGGAAUUCCAUUGACCUAAAUUUACAACCUGAUACUUCUGCAAGUACGGUAUUUUUCUAAAUGUAAAUAUAAAUUUCAUUGUGUGGGAUCAGGACUUCAGACUCCUACAUUUGCUUCAUUUAUAAUAUAGGAUACCUAACAAUAACUUUAUCUUUAAUAAUGGUUUUCACAAAAAAAAAAUCCAAUAUUUUGAGAAUCAGCAUUCUAAAACAUGUCAAUUAAAAAUUUUUUAAAAGAGGUGAUCUGGUAAAGUGAACUUAUAUCUAUAUUGUCGCUUUCAUGCAAAAAGUGACUAAAUGAUUUAAACAUUUUACACUUAUUUUUAAAGUUGGCUUUAAUUCUUAUUUUAACUAAGAAUUAUAUAUUAAGUGGUUUCUUAAAUAUUUUUGAUAUCAUUUGGAGACAUUUUGUAUAUAUAUAUAUAUAGGAUGAAAUAAAACAUUCAAACAAGUUUUUUUCUAAGCCCGGUCAUUUUUUGCAUGACUGCGGCUGUAUGAUAUACUAAUAUAUAUGAUUGCAGAGUAGCUAUGACUUGUUGAUGGCAUUUUGUGCAGAUACAGUAACUGCACAUGGAGACAUAGUUCGUCGUUUGCGUAGUAUUGGUUAUAAUUUGACUCACAAACAAACACAUUUAGAUGAAGUAAAUUAUGCUGUUAAGUCAUUAAACGACUUAAGAGAUGGUACUAGAAUUACUAGAGUUGUAGAAAUUUUAUUUAAAGGCAAUCCGCUGUCGCAGAAACUUAGACUCCCAGCUAUAUCAAAGUUACAAAAAAUUCAUAAUGUCAAUUUGGCAUUCACUCGGAUAGCUCAACACAUAUCCAUUGAAGGAAACAUAACCACCCGAGAUGUUGUGAAUGGUCACAGAGAAAAAAUAUUAUCAUUGUUCUGGCAAAUAAUUUACAAGUUUUUAACUCCUCGGUAUAACACUGCUGCUACUAAAAUCCAAAACUGGUGGAGAAAUAGUAGCCUUAAACUCGUUAUAUUAAAAAGGAUUCGGGCAAAACAGAUUGCCAAGCGUCACUUGGCUGCCACUAAAAUACAGGCUUUUAUUCGUGGCCAUUUAAUCAGAAAACAAUGGCCAGUUAAACAAGAAGAAUUGAUUAAAAAUCGUAAGAUAUUGCACUUGGCCUCCACUAAGAUCAAACAUUACCUAAAAGAUAAAUUAAAACAUUUGACAAAUGAAAGAAAACAAUUUAUAAUUUUAAGGAGAUCAGUUGUAUUUGUUCAAAGAAAAUUUAGAACCAAAUUAGCAAUGUUAAAAGAACGGCAGAAGUAUUUAAAAGCCAAACAGUCGGCAGUUAUAAUUCAAAAAAUAUUUCGUGGUUUUCUACUUAGGAAAAACUGGUCUCGAAUCAGGAAUGAUUUAUCUGCUGAAAAAACUAAUCUAAUUUUUGCAAUAGGUAUUAUUAAACGUGCACUGAGAAGAAAUUUGCCGCCUACAAGAGAUCAUCUUGAAUUUUUGAAAUUGAAACAUACCGUGUUAUAUAUCCAGAGGCAGUAUAUGGCCAACAGAUUAAUGAAAUUGCAUCGAAAAUAUUUUAUCACAUUAAAGAAAACAACUAUAACCAUUCAACAAAGAUUUAGAUCUAAAAUUGCACAAAGACAUUAUUUUAAAAUAAAACAAUCAAUUUUGAUAAUCCAAAAAGUGUUUCGUGGUUUUUUAGUUCGGAAACAUUGGAUAGAGAUUCAAAGCCAUUUGAUUUUAGAAAAGAAAAAAAAAAUCAAUGCCAUAAACAUAGUGAAACGAACAUUAAGGAGAAAUUUGCCACCUACAAAAGAUCGUCUUAAAUUUGUAAAGCUGAAACAAAUUAUCAAAUAUAUUGAGAGUCUGUACAUUGCAAAUAAAUCUAUGAAUUAUCAAAUGAAACAAUAUGCUACUCUAAAAAAAUCAACUUUAAUCAUUCAACAAAAAUUUAGGGCCAAAAUCAUUAUGAAAAUUGAACGAGGUAAUUAUUUAAAAAUUAAACAAUCAGUUUUAUUGCUUCAAAAAGUAUUUCGAGGAUUUAUAGUGAGGAAGUAUUGGUUACAUACUCAAAACCGUUUGAUUUUGGAAAAGAAAAAAAGGAUAAACGCUAUAAAUAUAAUAAAACGAGCAUUAAGAAGAAACUUGCCAGAAACUCUUGAUAGAACAAACUUUGUGCGAUUGAUGAAAGCCGUAUUGUUUGUUCAACAAGUAUGGAAAGCUAAUUUUAAGAUGAAAAAACAAAGAGAGUGCUAUUUGAAAUCAAGGUAUACUAUUAUAUUCAUUCAGAGAAAAUUUAGAGCCAAAAUUGCCAUGAGAACGAAUCGUCAGAAUUAUUUAAAAAUUAAGCAGUCAGUCAUAAUGAUUCAAAAAAUUUAUUGUGGUUUUGAUGUAAGAAAAAACUGGUUAAUGGUCAAAAAUAACUUAACAGUGACUAAAGCGAGACGAGUCCAUUCGGCUAAUGUAAUUAAACACAUUUUACGUAAAAAUUUACCAGCUACUCUAGAUCGAUUAUACUAUGAGAAAUUAAGGUAUUCAGUACAAGUAGUUCAGAGAAGAUUCAGGGCUAAUAUCACAAUGAGAAAGCAACUAGAAGAAUACCAAAAGUUAAAGAACAGUGUCAUUGUCAUACAACAAAAAUUCCGAGCACAACAAAUCAUGAAGAUUGAACGAGAACGGUAUGUGAUUUUCAAAACUAGUAUAAUCAGGCUGCAAAGCUCAGUCAGGGGUUACUUGGCAAGGAAACAAUGGCCUAUUCUCCACAAACAAUUGUGUGAUAAUCAAAAGCGUUUAGCUAAGUAUGCUAAUUUGAUCAAGAAAACUUUACGAAAGUGUCUUUUGCCAACAGAAGAGCGUAACCGUUUUUUAGAAUUAAGGAGAUCGGUUGUAGUGAUUCAACAAAGGUUUCGGGCAAAUGCCUCUGCUAGACGGCAACGUACAAUUUUUAUCCGUACCAAAGUCGCAGUAAUCGUGUUACAAGCAUACACCAGAGGGUAUUUGGUACGUCGGCAAUGGUCUGAAAUAAAGGAUGAAUUACAAGCCCAUCAAAAUCAGUUAGUAGCGGCUAGUAAUACUAUAAAGAGAUUCCUGCGGCGGUGCUUACCAAAUAGAACUGAACGUUCAAAUUUCUUGAGAUUAAGACAAAUUGCAAUUUUAGUACAAACUCAGUACAGGACAAUAGUUUCAGCAAGAAUUUUAAGAACCAAAUACUUACAGAUGGUACAAAGUGAGAUUACCUUACGAAGACAAAAUAAGGAACUUUGUGUUGUCCAGGCUACAGUUAUAUUGCAAGCACACAUCAGAGGAUACUUGGCCCGUAGACAAUGGCCUCUAAUUAAAUACCGUCUGAAAAAUGAACAAAAACUCACAACUACUCUGCUUGUAAGUACCCUAUUUUUGUUUAUUAUAUUAUUAGGUAUGUUUUGUAUUCUAUUCAUCAAUUUUAUUUGCAUUUAGGAUAAGAACAAUGCUGUUUGCAUAAUACAAAGAGUCUUUAGAAGAUAUUUAAUUCGGAAAAAACAUUUUAGUCUUAAUAACCAACUGCAACUAAAGAAACAAUUACAUGCUGCUACUUUGAUACAAGUACAUUUAUUAAAACUCAUGUGUAUGAUAUAAUUUUAGAUUAAAAAUUGUAUUUAUAUGUGUAGGCUCAUUGGAGAGGUUAUUGUGUGCGGAAAAGAUAUCAAUGUCGACAAGAAACUGUAAAGAUACCCACAAAAAAAACAUUGACUUUGGGCAGACGACACAAUGACGUAGUAAAUGUAAUAAACAAACAAGAGAGAAAUGCAUAUUAUGUAUACAUAGAACUGUCUAAAGUAUUUUGGAACUUGGGUUAGUAUGAAAAAAAAAACUGAAUACCUAUCCGAAUCUAACUAGUUGUGGCACAUUAAUUAUAAACAAAUUUUUUUUAUAUAUUUCAGACACAUGUACAUCAUUGUCUAAAGAAUUGUGUAUCAAAACAAUUGAAGGUACUAUAAUAGACUAUAUUUUCCGUUUUCUUCAGUAUUCCAACCAAUCACAACCAAGUAUAGAGGCCCGUGAACCAGCUAUCCGAGUGCUAACCAAUCUGUUAAGGUACCAUGAAACAUCACAACUAAUAUGGACAGUAAGUUAUAUUUCUUCAAUUAUUGUGUGUAAGUGAGGUGUGUUAUAAAUAAUUUCAGAAAAACUAUUUUCCAUGAAUUUAUUACAGAAAACUGUUAACACUAACAUAGUGAAAGAACUGAUCAAAAUGAUGAAAACUUCAUGUGGUAAAUUUGGUGCUACUUACAAAUUGUACUGUUCGAUUGCCACUUGGAUCUGGAUAGCCUUACAGGAUCCCCAAAAGAAACAAGUAAUUCUACUUUUUUAGUUUAUGCAUAUCUACAGUAUAGUCAUUGAUUUAUGUUCAAAAUAGCUAUUGUAUCUAAAAGCAUUGUACCCCAAAGAUAGACUAAAAACUCAUAAUUAAUUUGUGUAUUUGUACCUUAACAGUGAGUUAAAAUAAAAAAUUAUCCGAUAUAUUUGAUAAUAAAACAUUCGAUAAACAAUAUUAAAAUCUAUUGUACUAAUUGUUUAUAAGAUAACUAAUUAAAAUUUUACAAUCGUAAUAUUCAAUUUUGGAAUAUUGUAAUUUCUAUCUUAUUUAUUAUCUUAAAUCAUUAUUUGAUCAGUAAUAAUAUAUGGUAUAAACGCAUUUAAAACGUAGAUCAAGUGUUAUUUAUGUAUCAUAUUUUACUUGAGUUUUUGGGUGACAUUUAGCCAUUUAGGUUAUAUCUUGUGUAUAUUUUGUGUUUAUUAUCUAUGUAUAUUAUAAUCUUUAUAUACAUAUUUUUUUGCUUUAUUUCAGUAUAUUAUUAGCAUUCCUAAUGCUGUCAUAGAAUUCAAGUUUAUGAUGAACACACUAAAAAGAAAGUAUAAAACUCAUAAAUUAGACAAGAAAGUCAUGGUGUUACCAUCUUUGCGACCUACAUGGUUCAUCGGCUCCAAGUGUCAAAAAGGCUUUGAAUCUGAUUUCUAUGCUACAGUUCAGAUCUGCCAAAUGUUAAACAUAACAAAAAAAUAAUUAUUAUGUUUUAAUCUUUUAUUAUUAUUACAUUUGAUACUUUUUUUUAUUUUACAGAUAUUAUUUUUAAUGUUAUUUUUUACUUAUCACUUGUUAAAUUCACUAUUAUAGUAAUAAUACGUACGAGCUCAUUUAUAGUUUUUAUAGAAAUUUUUAUACUGUGAUUUAUUAAUAAUAUUUAACGACAUUGAUGUAAAGAAAAUACAAAGUUAUAUUGAAUCGUUAGCCGAUGAAUGUUUUUGUUUUUAAACGUAUUAAACAUUGACAACAAUGAAUUAGGAAUUACUAUUAUAAUAUUAUGCAAUAAAAUAAUUCUUUAAAAACAACAAAAAUAUAUUUACAUAAACUCUAACAUAUAACACAUAAUAUAUAUACAAGGUGAUUCUAUUGUCGUUAAACACUCGUUAUUUUACGAAGUAAUUACUUGGUUCAAAAAAAAUUUGUUUGACAAUUUAAGAAACAAGCAGUUCUAAAAUGUUAUACUAUUUUUUUUCACCCUUAUUUUUGGAGAUAAAUUUUGAUUUUCAAAUGGUAAGUAAGCUACAUUAAAAAUUCCAUAAAUUGAUAGAGCAACAGUUUAAAUACAUUGUGAUUUCUGUCAACCCAUUCAUGAGAUAUUCCAAAUUUAAGUUUAAAUGGGGGGAAGGGAGGGUAUCAUUUGUAUGGUAGCACAGUGUGCAGAAUUUGAAUAGUACUCCAUUACAUUCCCCUACUUAGAAGUAGAAUAUUUCAUAAAUCAAAAAUGUCAACACCAAAAUUUAUUUAACUAAUACUCUAUCAAUUUAUGACACUAAGUAAUCUAGGUUACCAUUUUAAAAUCUAAAGUAGGUUUCUUCCCCAAAAAUAAAUAUAACAAAAAAUAAUGGCAAUUUAUCAUUUUAGAUCUGCUUGUUUCUUAAAUUAUCAAACAAUUUUGUUUAGUAUUAAGUUAGUACUAAACUUACUUAGUUCAUAUUUUGAGAAAUAAUGAAUGUUCAAUGAUAAAAAAAAAUAAUCAAUCUGUGUAUAUAUAAAAAAAAUUAUUUGUAGUGAUAUAUAUCACUGACUACCAACAAAAUUCUAACAAUGGGGUUAUAUUAAAAUUAAAUUUCAAUAAAGAUCUUUUUCGAGUAUUAAUAGGAGAAGGAAAUUUAUUUUGGAAUAAAAUAUAAAAAUUUAAACAAGAUGUUUAAAAACUUUCUUCAUAACCCAGUGUCAUAGUCCAUAAUAAAGAGGAACUGUUGGUAAUUGUGACAAAUGGGUCCCCAUUAAAUGUAUUACUGCUACUGAUAAGUCCUCCCAUUUCCAUAAUUUUUCCAUCUG